GACAGUUUAUAGUGAAAGUGACACGACGACAAGCAAAUCAUUAUUGUACUCUGGAUUAAAUUUAUUCGAAUUAUUUGCCUACUAUAUGCGAAAAUGGCUUCUGUUAUCGACGAUUUGCGAGGAAUUAUUGCAAAGCUGCGUAGUGAACUAGAAGAACAAAAGAAAUCUACACACACAGCACGCGAGCGAAUUGCUCAUAUGUCCGCUGAAGUUGUUGAUUCAAAUCCUUACAGUCGCCUUAUGGCAUUGCAGCGCAUGAACAUUGUAAAGGAGUAUGAGCGCAUACGUGACAAGACUGUGGCCAUUGUGGGAAUUGGAGGCGUGGGCAGCGUCACUGCCGAUAUGCUGACACGUUGCGGCAUUGGCAAGCUAAUACUCUUCGACUAUGAUAAAGUAGAGUUGGCGAAUAUGAAUCGGCUUUUCUUCACACCCGACCAGGCGGGCCUGUCCAAAGUGGAAGCUGCUGCUCGCACUCUAAGCUUCAUAAAUCCAGAUGUGCGCAUCGAGACGCACAACUACAAUAUUACAACAGUGGAGAAUUUCAACCAUUUUCUAACCACCAUCUCGAAAAAUAGUCUUGAGGGCAAGUCCGUAGACUUGAUACUCAGUUGUGUGGACAAUUUUGAGGCACGCAUGGCCAUUAACGCGGCAUGUAAUGAGCUAAAUCUAUUUUGGUUUGAAUCGGGCGUUUCGGAAAAUGCUGUGUCGGGUCACAUUCAAUUCAUUCGUCCAGGAGAUACAGCUUGUUUUGCAUGUGCUCCUCCAUUGGUCGUGGCGGAGAACAUUGACGAGCGUACGCUCAAGCGUGACGGAGUGUGCGCCGCAUCUUUGCCAACGACCAUGGGUAUUACAGCUGGAAUUUUGGUGCAGAAUGCGCUUAAAUAUUUGCUGGCUUUUGGUGAGGUAUCCGACUAUUUGGGCUACAAUGCAAUGAACGACUUCUUUCCCAAAAUGGCACUAAAGCCGAAUCCGCAGUGUGAUGAUCGUCAUUGUCUUCUGCGACAAAAGGAAUUCCAAGCUCGUCCUAAGCAAGUAGCAGCUGUUAUCGAAGAGGCCCCAAGUGAACCCUUACAUCCCGUUAAUGAAUGGGGCAUUGAGGUGAUGGGCGAUGACGAAUUAUCGCAGGAGGACCAACAAAAGGACAAACAAACAAGUUUAGAGGUUGGUGCUGGACUGCGGUUGGCCUACGAAGCACCGGAGAAGACGGAAACUGACGUUGCGGCGCCAAUAGCGGGCGAUGUGGGCGCAGAUGCCUCCCUAGAUGAUUUGAUUGCACAAAUGAAGUCCAUGUAGAUGAAAAAUUCCAUUAUUAGUAAUUAACUAUUAUUAUUGUUUUGUACUGUCUUUAUUUUUUUUUACAUAUUAAAUCACUCAACACAGUUGAGUGCAAGCAUUUGAAACUGGG